GUUUACUUUUGUUCUAGCAUUCCUUCUUCUGUUGGCUGGUGCUGCACUCAAUGAUAAGAGAAGCAUGGAGAAGAUUUACUUCAGCAACAACUGUUAUGUUUUGAAGGCUGGAGUCUUCUCCGGAGGUGCUGUUCUAUCCCUCUCAAGUGUCUCUCUUGGAAUCAUUUACUAUGUAGCACUCCAUUCACCCAAGAGCCAAUAUCCCUCUUGGUCUCCCUCACAAAAUCAAGGCAUUGCUUUAGGGCAACCACAAAUCCCUCCGCAAAGCGCCGAGCCGGUCUUCGUCCCCGAGGAUACUUACAACAGGCAAAGAAUUCCAUGA